AUGUCGGAGAUAAAAAGAUGGACUUUAUUGUCAUUAUUGGAUCCAGAAUUUGUUAAUAAUAUAAAAGAAUGCAUCGUUUUUGGAAGUGCUGGUUGCGAGGCGCUCAUUCACACGAAAGAUGAUCAAGUUUAUGGCCUAGGCACCAAUUAUUGCUGUUGGUUGGGAGUUCCAUCUGGCUCUUUUGAACCACUAAAGAUCGAUUUGCUUUGCGGGAAACGGAUAAAGCAAUUUGCGUAUGGAUCAGGUCCUCAUUUGUUAGCUUUAUCAGAAAGCGGUGAAGUUUUUGCUUGGCGGCAUAACUCUUUUGGGCAAUUGGGACUUGGUCACAACAAUCAACACUGUCCAACACCUGUACUUGUCACUGCAUUGAGUGGACAAAAGAUUAUUCAAAUCGCUUGUGGUGGCCACCAUUCAGCAGCGCUUUCCGAUCGAGGAGAGCUUUUUUGUUGGGGAUUGAAUAGCAGCGGGCAAUUAGGUAUUGGCUCAAUGAUCAAUCAGGAUUCCCCAAAAUCCGUUCACCUUCACGAUCGUUUUAUUAAAGAAGUUGCUUGUGGGCAUAACUUCACACUGGCACUCACCGAAGCUGGAGAUGUUUAUGCCUGGGGUUACAAUGAGAAUGGACAAAUCGGUUGCGGGAAUGUUUCUAAUCAAUGCACACCGGUGAUUGUCGAGACGUUGACAUCAGCAAAAGUUGUAAUCAGUCAGAUAGCUUGUGGCUAUGCACAUUCAUUGGCUUUAUGUGAUGAGGGAAAACUCUGGGUUUGGGGAUCAAACAGUUGCGGGCAGUUGGGCGGGAAUUUAAUGCGCAAAAAUCUCACCGAACCCGUACACACGGCAAAGGAAAUCGAUCGAAUAGUCGAAAUUGCGGCCGUUCACAUGUGCAACAUCACUGUCGUCUCAAAUAAGAAAGGAAAAAUUUUUAUGUGGGGCAAUGUUCGAGGACAAUCAGUGCCAAAUCCGGUUGAGACUCGUUUUUCUUGUGUCGAUGAUGCGUUUGCUUGUUUUGCUUCGCCAGCAGUCACUUGGCGAGGAACGAAAUUCGAGUACUCACGUCAACCGUCAAUCGUGGACGCAAUGCGCGUGGCUUUCGACGAUCCAAACUCUUCAGAUAUCAAAAUUUUCGUUGACGGGCACACAAUUUACGCGCAUAAAGCAAUUCUGAAGCUCCGUUGUCCGUAUUUCAAGUCAAGAUUGGGCGAUUUGUGGUCAGAAGGCAGUGGAAAUCAAAUCGAGAUCUCUGAUUUCACGUACAACACUUUUCGAGCUUUUAUGCAUUGGGUUUACACCGACGAGCUCGUUAUUGAUCCGGAUGAUGCGAUUGGUUUGCUUGAACUCUCAAAUUGUUACCUUGAGAUGGAUCUCAAAGCUCGUUGUGCUUCAUUGUUGCGGAAAAGUGUUUGUAUCGACAAUGCUGCUGUUCUCUAUUCAGCUGCUUUAAAAUUCGAUGCACCUGAGCUCGAGGAUCAUUGCUAUAAAUUUUGCAUGGAUCAUAUGACAGCUAUAACUCAUUCUGAUGCUUUUCGUCGUUUGGAUGCUCAUUCUAUGCGACAUUUGAUUUGUCGAGCUGCAAAGAAUGGAUUAUUCAAGAAA